AUGAAAAUUAAUUUAAUAAUUAUAUUAUCAUUGGUAGUCAUAUUAUGUUUGACACAAUUGAGUUAUAGUCAAGAAGUGGAGGACACCGACGGUGAUGACGACGACAACUCGGCCGCCAAUUUGGAGGCCCCGACGGUAGAGGAAGGGGUGGACACCACCGCCGACGCCGACGACGAUGAUAAUGAUGGCCAGAAUCGGCGUAAAAGACAGGCAACAAAAGGAGGCAUUUUCAAGGACUGUCGUUCGGAUAGAAACUGCCGAAAAGGUCAGGUAUGCGACUAUAUUGGCCUAUCGUUGAGAAAGGGCUGUCAAUAUAGACGCCGAUUCCAGGGCUAACCCCCUCCCCCUCACACCCCACACACCCCAUACAAA